GGUUAAAAAAAAAUAGCAGGUUCAUUUUCUAUAAAGGUAACCAAGAAGAUAGUAUAGUCCACAGCACGAUUAUAUGAUUCUUCAUUUGAGUCGGUCAACCCCUGUAUCUUCGGAUCUUCCUCUCUACCUCUCUUAGAUUUGGAUGGAUGCCGAUAUCAAUAGUGAACAGAGGCCUCCACAGGCUGGAGAAGCCUCGAAUGAGGCCGCCGAUUGGAGGAAUGACUUGAUGCCAGAUGCAAGGCAAAGAAUUGUCAACAAGAUAAUUGAUACGUUGAAGAGGCAUCUCCCCUUCUCAGGCCAAGAGGGGUUACAUGAACUACAUAGAAUUGCUGCAAGGUUUGAGGAAAAGGUAUAUGCUGCUGCAUCAAGCCAGACAGAUUAUCUACGACGUAUUUGUAUUAAGAUGCUUACCAUGGAGGCCAAGAAAGUUGCAACCAGUCCCCCGUCCAACUUGGAACGACUUCAUGUCCUUGAUGCCAAUAUCAACAGUGGUCAGAGGCCUCCACAGGGUGGAGAAGCCUUGAGUGACGCCGACGAUUGGAGGAUUAACUUUAUGGCACAUUCAAGGCAAAGAGUAGUUGUCAACAUGAUUGAUCAGAGGCCUUCACAAGCUAGAGAAGCCUCGAAUGAAGCCGGUGAUUGGAGGAUGGACAUAAGGCCGGAUUCAAGGCAAAGAAUUGCCAACAAGAUACUUGAUACGUUGAAGAGGCAUCUCCCCUUCUCAGGCCAAGAGGGGUUACAUGAACUACAUAGAAUUGCUGCAAGGUUUGAGGAAAAGGUAUAUGCUGCUGCAUCAAGCCAGUCGGAUUAUCUACGAAAAAUUUCUUUAAAGAUGCUUACCAUGGAGUCUAGGGGAUCCGGAGUUGUCCCCUCCAACCUGAAACGGCGUCGCAUCCUUGCUGGUAAACCAGAGUAAUGCCAGUUCUGUAACUUGCGACUAUAUUAUUGUACUUGUGAAAUAAGAAGUAAACUUGGAGCUUCUGAAACUGAAGUGAUUAUUGAACAGUAGCACAAAAUAAUCCUUAAUAAUCCUGAAUAAUUAAUAGAAGCUGUCCCUGAUAAUAUUCAGACUUUCCAGAUUUAUACAAACAUCUGAAUUUACUGUCGCCCGAAAUGGGCUGUUACAGAAGAGCUAAUAUCGCCUGAAACUCUAUUUAGUUAAAAAAAAAAAUUGAUGCAUUGUACUGUUAUUAAUUUAUUAUGUAUGCGAUUACAGUACACCUCCACAGACAGAGUAUUGUAACAAUGUUCAUGCUUUGUUGACAGUCCUCUUUGGCCUGAGUUUGUAUCGAAAGUUCGAAACAAUAUCAAUGAAUCUGAAGACUGAAGUUUUGUU